UGUGGUACGCGCAUGCGCGGUGGACGCCAUACUUAUAGUUUACAUAAUAUUAUAAUUACUGUAUUUUUGUUGUAAAAAAUUAUGCUCCAGAUCAGAAUCAUUAAACUCGAGAUGAGGAUUUCCCGCGAGUGAAGCUGAGGCGAAAACUAGUCAGUUGUCAAAUUAUUGAAGCGAGUUGGAGGAAAUAUGAAACAAACUGGCUGCACGUUGUCCGUCGUCGUGCUGGCGCUCCUCGCCCAGCUGUCGAUCGCGGACGACGAGUACCACAGGAGGCCGCGUAACUUUCACAGACAUGCGGCUUCGGCGCCGAUCAACGAGAAGGAAGCGACGUUCGAGUUCUGGAUGGGCGAGGCGCAGGCGGCCAUCGCGGCGCACGCGCGCUCCUCGCGGGAGCGGGGCUCGGCGCGCAACGUGGUGAUGUUCCUGGGCGACGGCAUGUCGGUGCCCACGCUGGCGGCCGCGCGCACGCUGCUGGGCCAGAGGAACCGCCGCACGGGGGAGGAGACCCGCCUCUCCUUCGAGGAGUUUCCCAGCGUGGGGCUGUCGAAGACGUACUGCGUGGAUUCGCAAAUCCCGGACUCGGCGUGCACAGCGACGGCAUACCUGUGCGGCGCCAAGGCCAACCUCGGCACCAUCGGCGUGCUGGCCGGCGUGCCGCGAUACGCGUGCGAGGCGUCGCUCGACCCCGCGCAGCACGUGCAGUCCAUCGCCGCCUGGGCGCUGCAGGACGGCCGAGAUGCAGGCAUAGUGACGACGGCGCGCGUGACGCACGCGUCGCCGGCCGGCGCGUACGCGCACGUCGCCGACCGCGACUGGGAGAGCGACGCCGACGUGCGCGCCGCGGGCGCCGACCCCGCGCGCUGCCGCGACAUCGCGCACCAGCUCGUGCACGGCUAUCCCGGCAACCAGUUUAAGGUGAUUUUAGGCGGGGGGAGGCGGGAGUUUCUACCGAAUGGCGUCGUGGACGAGGAGGGCGCGCGGGGCAGGAGGGAGGACGGCCGGCACCUCAUCGAGGAGUGGCAGAUGGACAAGAUCGCUCGCAACGUCACGUACCAGUACGUGUGGAACCGGGACCAACUGCUCAGUGGCGACGCUGAGCUGCCCGAAUACCUGCUCGGGCUGUUCGAGGCGAGUCACCUUCAGUACAACAUGGAAGCAGACGCGCGCACGGAGCCGAGUCUCGCCGAGCUGACGGAGGUCGCCAUCCGGUCGCUGAGCAGGAACGAGCGAGGGUUCUUCCUGUUCGUGGAGGGCGGGCGCAUCGACCACGCGCACCACGACAACCUGGCCGAGCUGGCGCUUGACGAGACCAUCGAGCUGAGCCGCGCGGUGGCGCGCGCCACGCGCCUGCUGGCCGAGGAGGACUCGCUGCUAGUGGUGACGGCCGACCACGCGCACGUCAUGGCCUUCAACGGCUACAGCGCGCGCGGCGCCGACGUGCUGGGCGCGUCCGGCGACCGCGACGCCGACGGCGUGCCCUACAUGACGCUGUCCUACACCAACGGGCCCGGCCACCGCCGCGAGGUGGACGGCCGCCAACAGGACGUCACGCAGGACGCAGAUUAUCGCUCGGCGCAGUGGCGCAGUCCCGCGGGCGUGCCACUGGCGCAGGAGACGCACGGCGGCGACGACGUGGCGGUGUUCGCGCGCGGCGCGCACGCGGCCGCGUUCGGCGGCGUGCUGGAGCAGAGCCGGCUGCCGCACCUCAUGGCGUACGCGGCGUGCCUCGGGCCCGGCGCGCGCGCCUGCGACGCCGACACCACACGGCUCGACUCACAAUGACUCACGA